UUCUGGGAGUCUAAAUCUUGAGUACAUUUAUUUCAUUGUUUCGAGAUUUAACUGUCUAAUAUAAAGUAAUGGGUAUUGUUUGUUGUGUAGCUUGUAGGUACCUGAUAUUUGGGCACAUGUUUGAGCAGUCCCCUCUCUUAAGUAUAAUGAAGGUCAAUACCAUAUCUUAAAACUAAAGGUCAAAUAUGAUAACGUCAAUUUGCCGAAUGUGUCAUAUUUUUUUUAAUCACUUUUUUAAAAGGUCCAGCAUAUAUCCAAAAUCCUAGUUUGAAUUUUCUUUAUUUUAAAAUAUACCAAAUUCUUUAUCUAUUUAUUCAUUAUGUUAAUUUUUUUCAAAAGUUGAUUUAUACAUCUUUUGAGAGAUCUUGAUAUGAAGCGAUUUGACAUUAUAAUAAAUAAGCUUUGCCAUUGAGGAGCCAUGCAUGUUAUAUUGUGCAUCGCGGUGGACACAAAUAUAUCAAUUACAAUAUAUUUUGUUGAGAUUUGGGAACAAAUAGGUCAGCUUUAUAAAAAAUAAAAGAUAUUAAUUUUAAUCUCUAUAGAUAAGUUUUUACAAAGAGGACAUUCUUAUUACGAAAGUUUAAUUUCACACUCUUCUAAUUUCACACUCUUCUAAUCUAACAAGAGCCUGAUACCCUAGAUUGGAAACUAAGUGGCAAAAAUAUUUUUUUUUUAAAUUAAGAUAUAUUUCUUUUAUAUCUUACACAGCAAGAGGUUUUGUUCCUUUGAACAAAGUAUUAAAAGUUACAAGAACAAAAAAUUGAACUUGAGGCCAUCAUUAAAAAUAUUUUUGUUUGAUGUACUCCGACCCACAUUUUUCAAGUCGGGUAGGUAGGUCGGUAUUUUUUUUUUUUUUUUUUUUUUUUUUUUUUUGAAAAUCAGAUUUACCAAUUUUCUUAUGUUUUCAUUAAACACAUAACGCUGCCAGACAGAAUAGAGUUUAGAACAAUCAUUUUGUACACAUUGUAUAUAAUACACGUAAAUUGACAGCAAUUUACAAUAAGUUUUAAUAUUACCCAAUAUAAUUUUAAUGCCGAUUUCCCCGCAUCGUUCAAAUUGUUGUGACGAUCGUGUUCCAUUCGUGUGUCUCAGUUUAAGAGCUAAGUAAAAGUGCUGUUCACCUAUUAAAUCGUCAUAACAUUUAAAUAAUCCCAUAUCAAAAUAAUAUGCGUGCCUUUUCAGAAAUAUAGACCAACAUAAACGCCGACUCGUGGUCCGCCAUAAUUUUGGUGCGCUAUCCCACGUGAUUUUUUUAUUUAAAUGACAUGACUUUCAAACUUUUGUACAUAAAUACGAUCAGGCCUCGACGGGGGAGUUCGUAGCUCCUUGUUCUAUCUUGUUGGUAGAUAAUGUGGUAAUUUGGAGCUGUGAUGCGGUAUAUUUGAUCGUUCACAUAGAAAAGUGUUUGAAAAGUUCCCGGAUUAACAAAUGGUCAUUAUCAAAGUGAAAGUAGAACCGAAAGACGCUCUAAGGACAUUUUGAUAACAAGAAUUCUGUAAAACAAUUAGUCCAAAUAAAAAAAAAAAAUAGCAUCAAGUUUAAUACUAAUUCGAAGAAUGUUUAUUUUCCAGGGAGCAAAUAAAAAAAAUUUAAAAUUUCCAAGUGCGGGAAAAAUGAUCGGGUCGGGGCAAAUUUCACGGGUCGAUCGGAGUACAUCAAACAAAUAAAUUUUUAAUUUAAGCCUGAGGAAAUUUUUACGUAUUUGUUUGGUACAAUCUUAAAGAAGGUGUACUUAUGAAGACUUAAACACCGAGACCUUGUGUGGUGGACAAGUUAUAAAGUAUCGUUUCCUGAAGUAAGCCUUAGAUCCUUGUAUCACCUCCGUCAUAGAUCGCGCCACCACAAAUUGUAAUCAGUCGGAUGUAAAAGAGAGAGAGUCAUGUGUGUUCGAGGCCGGAUAAUCUCUGCUAAGUCAGGCGGAUAUAAAUCCGGUGGGUUUUUAUUCUAUGGUUGAACCUCACUCUGGUCUGUGUUCAAAAUCUAGGCUUCCGUAUGUAAAAUGCAUCUCCGUGCAGUGAUCGCUAAAUCUACCUAGCCAAGAAUAUAUUAAUUAGUGUUUGUAAAUGAUUUUCUAACUGCUUCGACGGGUCACAGCUUGGUGUGAUUUGAAUAUGAUAUAGAAUUUUUAUUUAUUUAUUUAUUUUGUUUUUUGUUUUUGUUUUUUUGUUUGUUAACGAUAACAGGUUUUGACGAUUUUUGCGGUAAGAAUAACAGUAUCGUAUUUCUUUGAUCAUGCGUAAAGUAAUGCUUGUUGGCGUGACUACCCUUAUUUUUUUUUUAGCAACAUAUUACAUACAAAGUUAACUUUAUUGGCCGAUCGUCACCGAUGUCUUAGUAGCAUCCCCACCUACCAAAUCUAGAAUUUUAAAGUUUGGACAAAAGAACAUAUUUUAGGUGUUGUUUUUAAUUUUGUUUAAUUUCUAUGCAUCCGUAAUCAGGGAUUCGGGGGCUUUUUAUCUCCUUGUCUGUCUGUUUGUCCGCAGGGAUUUUAACCUUGGCCACUUUUGAGCGCUUAGUGCUAGGGCUUUCAUAUUUCACGUGUUUAUAUAUUUCUUUUGGUACCAAGCCUUGAGGUUAUAAAACUUUUACCGUACUCAUACUCAAACUCAGCCGUGUUUAUUUUGAGUACAACUCUGAGCAAGCUCCAAAGCAUGCUCGAAAAAUCUUGAGCAUGUACUCCAUUUAAGUGGGAGAAUGAUUUUUAUAAAAGUUUUCUAACCUUCACUUUCGAAUACGAGUACGAUUUAGAUCACGGAGUUUUAAUUUGAGUAUGAAAACGUGCUCAAAAGUUUUACAUUGUAUAAGCACCAGGCCAGAAUUACUUUGCUAUCACACGGGGACAUCAAAGUUUCACAAACACAUCUUGUUUUUGUUUCUUCUUCUGCGACUGUCUCCUUUGGAAAAGCGAUACUAGGUAACAUCCUACUGUAACAUACACACUGCAUGGUACUUGUAAGUUGUAAAGUGGCUAAACCUCUCGAAAGUCACGUGUCAAUAUUGAAUGGGCGUUUCUAUGGUAAUUCGUUGUCGUGUUAAUCCAGUGGUUCCAUGUGAAAUAGAGAGAAAGAGAGAGAGAGAGAAUAACAUUGUCUUAAAUUGUCAAUUUGGACUGGCAUAUACACGUUGUAUUGAAAACGCGUAAAGUUUAAAAACUAGUUGUACAGAUGCCGAUCGAUGCCAUGGGCCAUAUUUAUGGCAGGGGAACAAAACACCAUAAAAAAAAGACCCGUUCUUGAAAAAUCUUGAUAAAUCACAAAUAUAAGUUUUAAGAACAUAUGUUCAAUUCAUAUAUCUUUGACCCAAAUAAUGGGAAUCUUAAAAGCAAAUUUUGAUUUGAAGUCAUUAUAGUGUAAUUAAGAUAUCGUGACAUUUUAGAUAUAUAGGUAUGGUUUUCUUUACAAACGAUAUAUAGGAACUAUAUAUGUGAUUGCUAUAUUAUUUUCACGCUUUGUGGUGUUAUUCUAUUUUCAUGGUUUGUGAUGUUAUUUGUUGUCAUGGUUUGUGAGAUUCGUUCCGUACCUGUAAAGGGAAAUGUAAAAUCCAUGUUUCAUGUGCUUUCACCUUGCUGUCAACUAGGAUAUAAAAGUUUUCAACCCUGAACCGUAAUGAUAAUGCUGGAAUACAUUAAAAAAAUGAAGAAGAAUAAACCUUGAGAGUAAAAACAGUCGACACCCAAUCGCACUUUAUGAACAUUACGUAUAAUGGUCCUUGUUUAAUGUCCCGACAGUCAACACGUGUGCCGAUAGUCAAUACGUGUGCCGACAUGAUCAUGGUCAUGAAUCGUUACAAGUACUGACAACUGCUUUAUGCAUAAUUAUGAAUUUGAAACUUACAACUAACAGUUUAUAAAAAAAAAAACCUAAUUGAUAUCUGAUCACUUCCAGUAAGUAUAUGUAUAUAUACAAUCUUACAUGUAAGUACCUGCACUCUAGUGGGCAAAUGAUGUACUGCUUAAACUUGUAUUAAAUGAGAUCUUCCGCAUGCGAUAGAAUUUAAUUUCGAAAUAUAUGUACGCAAUCAGUUGUACCACAUGGGUUCGAAUUUAUACUACUAGAAAGGUACACUAGAUCGUCAUAAUGGCUUACUCUGUUUUAAGACAUGAAUGGAAAUAUAAAUGCUAGCAAUAUUUGUCUAUUUUGUUAAGAUUUGAUUACUUGACCUAGAAGCCUAGUAGGCUAUUCUCUUUAGAGAAGUGAACAGGCAUAGCCUACAUCCUCUUGUCCACUUCUCUAAAGAAAAUACCCAGUAGGUUAGCAAGUUGACUGCAUAACUGUAGCUCGCGGGUUCUAAAUCCCCCCCCACCCCCCACCCACCCCCCCCCCCCCCCGAUUACUAUCUACGAAAACUGCAUUUUUUACUAAAGUAAAUUUGUAAAAAAAAAAAUAAAAAAAAAAAAAAAAAAUCUAUUGAACAUAUCCUCCACUUUUCAUCCCUAUCAAAUUUCUCUGGUGUGUUAUUCAUCCUUAAUUAAGGAGGUACUGCACAUCGUCAUAAUGGUAUAAGAUUGUACUUGAAUAUGUAGAAUACCAGCAAAGUUCAUCCCGAAAUUGCAUGUACUAUUCAGAAAAAAACCUAUUAUUUACUCGAAAUUUACCCGGGCACUGCACUGAAUAUUUGUGAAUUCCAACAAGUAUAAUUACUGUCUGCGCUUUCACUUAAUAUCACAGCCAUUUUAACCGGUUCCUUUGAUACAUUGUACAUGUACACCCCAAAAAUGACGAAAAGACUCAAAACGAUUUAGAGACCUAAAUAUUAAUUUUGAUUAAUGAUAAUUCAUUACAAUUCAUAAAUAAUGCUAAUAAUAAGUCUUUAGAAAGAUACACGGUUCAUCUAUUUUUCAAUCAAACCACAUUAACACUGUACCAGUGGUUGACGUUUUAUAAUAAUAACGUCAUUUUGGGUACUUAAAAAUAACGGUCAAAAUGGCCGUGAAAAGUGUUUUAACAUUUUCAGUCAUUAAUAGCUAUUGGGAACGUUGAUUUAUGAAUUGUAGUCAUAAGUUUUACAUGUAGUUUAGAAUAAGAAUGAUAUCUAAUGUUACAAUUCACCAGCGUUCUCCUUAGUGGUACAGUUGUACAUUUUAUGUAUUUGCUUGCUGCAAUUUGCAAAUAUUUUGUUUAGUAUUACAGUGCCAGGGCCCAGGUACAUGUGUACAUGUAAAUUUCGAGUAAAAAAAUAAUAGGCUUUUCCUUAAUUGAAUUUUUACGGAAUUUCGCGACGUACUACGGAUAUCUCGGAGUACAGAAUAUAAUCCUAUACCAUUUGCUCUUUCUUCAUCGGCGAACUUGGGUACCAUCUAUUUAGAGUUCUAUACCAUCCGCAUCAAAACGUUAUAAUUGCCAGUGGUUAGAACAGUCAUUAGUGAUGUCUUUUGUGAUCCGCCCCAAAGCACUGUACGUAAACAGAUGAUGUAGAGAUCAUCUGCGGUGUUUGCGACCCUGGUUACCAAGGUUAGAAUAAAAUUGAAUAGGUUUCAAAAGAAGGAAUCCAAUACCUCCUACCUGCGGUAAAUAGCGAAAACGGAGACUACGUAUUACUUAAAUAAUGGUGGAGAUGCAAUUAUUUUGUCACACACGAUCUUGAGAACAAAAUGAAGAUCCACAUCCGAGGAAUCGUAAUAUGUGUAGCAUCUAUUGCCUUCAUCGUGGUAAUUUGGAACAUGAACUAUGAUGUUCGCGACAAAGGCUUACCAACGUCAGAAAGCAAAAUAAAUGUACAGGAAUUCCAUGUACAGAAAAGUGAAAUUGAGCAACAUCGGAAGGCACCAUCCAGGGUAAAUUUCGAUUUCAAAAAAUAUAUGCGAGAACCUCAUCCGCGAACAGCAGUAAGUAAUGCGGACAAAUUAUACUCACAAGCAUCUCAGGACAAAGUGGUGUAUGACAUACUAAAGAAAUCUGGUGGAUUUUUCUUGGAAAUUGGGGCACACGAUGGACAGACCCUUUCCAACACGUUAUGGAUGGAGCGCAAGCAUAGCUGGUCAGGUCUUCUUAUCGAAGCUAAUCCAGAACAAUGUCAAAAAAUUGACAACCUCAAACGACAUGCCUGGAGAAUGUGUGCAUGCCUUUCUAGUAUUCCAAAAACUGUCACUUUUAUCAAAGGUCCGUCAUUCGUCAUUGAAAAGGCAGUAAGUGAGCACUAUGCAAAGUACUUGAAUAAAGAUGACACAUUAACUGUUCCAUGUUUUGCUUUGGAAGACGCCUUGAAUCAUAUGAAUAUACACCAUAUAGAUUAUUUUUCAUUAGAUGUCGAGGGCGGUGAAAAAUCCGUUUUGCAGUCCUUGCGUAAAGGUCUUGAAUCAAAGCAAUUUACUGUGGAUGUCUGGACUAUUGAGUUUAAAUGCUACGAUGGAAAACAAAACGUUAUAGAAAAAUCUCGGGAAAAUUUAAGAUUUUUGCGAGAGUACUUUCAGACCCUUGGUGGGUAUACAGAACAUUCACAGUUAGAACCUAACCUCCCUAACCCGCCGGAAGGUAAUGGUCUGGAUGUCGUGUUUGUUCGUACUGAAGUAUGGUGUAAAACGCAUGACAAACUUCCCAACGGCAACUACUGUCCCGGGAAGACUGCUCCACCGGCUGAGACAACUCCUGCUAAGAAGACAUUUGAUAUGAAAGACUACCUGAAGGAACCUCAUCCAUACAAGAAAAGGGAGAACAUGGACAAGAAAUACUCGCAAGCAAAUCAAGAUCAAGUCGUGUACGACAUUUUGGGCAAAGACGGAGGAUUUUACUUAGAGAUUGGGGCUUUUGAUGGAUUUGCACUUUCCAAUACGCUUUGGCUUGAACGAAAACAUAACUGGACAGGACUUCUUAUCGAGGCUAAUCCAGAGCUAUGUAAGAGAAUAGAUAAAGUAGAACGCCGUGCUUGGCGAUUAUGUGCCUGCCUUUCAAGUUCAACCAAGAACGUAACAUUUCUUAAAAGCGAAGCGAUUGGUGCGGUUAAAGAGGAAGUAGACGAGCAUCAUGUUAAAUGGAUCAAUAAGAAAGACUCGGUAACUGUUCCGUGUUUCACAUUGGAAGACGUUUUGAAUCGUAUAAAAGUGAAACAUAUCGACUAUUUUUCUCUGGAUGUUGAGGGUGCAGAAAAAUCUGUAUUGCAAUCGUUAUUAAAAGGUCUCCAAUCAAAACAAUUCACAGUGGAUGUCUGGACAAUUGAGUAUAAAGUUUACGAUGGUAGCAGAAAUGUUAUGGAAUUCUCUACUAAAAAUCUAAAAUUUUUGCGAGAGUAUUUUCAGGAUCUGGGUGGUUAUACCGAACAUUCCCAACUAGAGCCACUUGUUCCCAAACCGCAAGAUGGUACGGCUUUGGAUGUCGUUUUUGUUCGUAAUGAGGUAUGGUGUAAAACGCAUGACAAACUGCCAAACGAUAAAGCCUGUCCUAGUAAGAAGUCUGAUAAGAGUCCUGAAAAGACCGAUACAGUUGAUAUAAAUAAGUACUUAAAGGAACCCGGUCCAUAUGUUAAGAGGGCAAACAUAGAUAAGAAAUACUCACAAGCAAAUCAAGAUCAAACCGUGUUCGACAUUAUGAGCAAAAAAGAAGGAUUUUACUUGGAGAUUGGGGCUUAUGAUGGAGAGGGCCUCUCCAAUACUGUUUGGCUAGAACGAAAGCAUAAUUGGACUGGACUUCUUAUCGAAGCAAAUCCAGAUCUUUGUAAAAGAAUAGAUACCUUUGGACGCCGUGCUUGGAGAUUGUGUGCAUGUCUUGCUAGUUCAACAAAAAAUGUUACAUUUUUGAAAAGCGAAGCAAUUGGCGCGGUGGAGGAAGAGGUGGACGAACAUCAUAUUAAAUGGAUCAAGGGAAAGAACUCCGUUGUCAUCCCAUGUUUCACUUUGGAAGAAGUUUUGGAUCGUAUCAAAGUAAACCAUAUUGACUAUUUCUCUUUGGAUGUUGAAGGUGCAGAAAAAAAUGUAUUGUUAGCCUUGCGUAAAAGUCUUGCAUCUAAGCGAUUUACCGUGGACGUUUGGACGAUUGAGUAUAAAGUGUACGACGGUCAUAGGAAUGUUAUAGAACUCUCUAAACAAAAUCUGAAAUUUCUACGAGAGUAUUUCCAGAGUAUCGGUGGUUACACUGAACAUUCUCAGUUGGAACCUCUUGUUCCUAAACCGAAAGAUGGCUACGCUUUGGAUGUGGUGUUUGUUCGUAAUGAAGCUUGGUGUAAAUCACAUCUAACUUUACCAAAUAACAAACCCUGUAAACAAUGAAUGGACUUCAUACCAUAAUGAUAAAAAUAUUUCAAUUUUUAA